GAUAAGAAUAGCCAAGUAUUAGCAACGCCAAGCCAAGUACCGUCGUAGACGCAUGACGGAGCCUGCGAGAAAGUCCAAGGUCAAGAAGAGCGCCAACCACGUGUACAUCACGGAGCGCACGCGCUACUACAAGAUAGACGUGCCGACCGUCGACGUGCUCGUGGAAGCCGCCAAGCUGCAUCGCAAGCUCGACCACGCCCGCGAGCUCGGCAAGGACCCGCACAACAUGGAGGCAUGGAAGCUCGAGGCGCAAGCGCUCACGCAGCUCGGGCAACUGGAAAAGUGGCAAGGCCACGACGACGCGGGCGAUGCCUUCAUGACACAAGCCGCGCGCGUCUGUCGAAUGAACACGUUCAAUAAGCGGCUCUAAGACACCGUCAUCUUCUUCUUCGUC